GGCAUCGAAACCUCGAUUAAAAGACCUGUCGGGGCUAUCCGUGUGUUUCGAUGCGUCGGUGGUUUGGUACAUGGACUUCACAAAUCCCGAGGUACGACGCAGUGAUCUAAAAAUAGACUCCGAAGUGCCAAGUUAUGAAGAUGGGAUGCGCCUCCUGAAGGAACAGCUGGUGCGUACGGAUACAAAUCUAAUAUUUGUUUCAGCCAAACGCUUCCUCAAAGCACUCCGAUGCCACGGUUACGAACCUGGUGGCAAUAUUUCUGACCCACUGAUCGCAGAUUGGUUGCUCAGUCCCUCCACUGAUUAUAAGUCGCCGUUCGAGACCCUCAGCCCAUGCCUCCCGUUGUGCAAAUGGAGUGUGCGCGACCAUACGAGCACAAAACCAGCCGCCACUGACAGAAGUAAAGAGCCCAACAGGGUCUCCAACAAAAUGCCUAUUAAAGACCCCCCACUAGACACUCGGGUUGUGGAGUGUGCUAAGGAGUGUUUGGUGGGCUGGGAGGUUAUGCCUAUUCUGUCCCAGAAAUUGCACCGGCACACUAUGGAUACCCUAUUCACAAAGAUUGAGAUGCCGGUAGUUCGCCUCGUAGCUGAUCUUGAAGCCAGAGGAUUUCCUGUUAUCACAGAG